UGUAAGCUUCACCUUUCCGCGUCUCAAGAAGUUGUUUGCUUCAGCUUCCACAACAUCCAUGAUCCGUUUGUUUCGUAUGGCCCAACUGAAUCAUUUUUUCUAAGAAAGCGACUCCGAUUUUGUACAAUCCUACUUCUUGGAUUUCUUUGGAGGGUCCCCACGAACCAAGAGUAUGGGCAACGACGACUACCUAGACGAUGGCUAUGUUGCUGCUCUUCUAGCGCAGGACGCCAAAAAUUCCAGCAGGUUGAACAGUCUUUCGAGCAAUACUCCCAAGUAAGCGAUCAUGAUCUACUGUAAGUUUGAUAACCUGCUAACAAGCACAGACCGGCGCAUAAGCCCAAACCCAACACCCGCUUUCUCCGCAACAUAAUAAAGGAUACCGAUUCUCAUAAUGCAGCGCUCCUUGCCAAAGAAGCAGCAGAAUCUAGGGCGCGGUUGAGCGGCCUUGCGAAUGAAGGUCAUGACGUCAGGAAGGAAAGCCUGAAGAAACCUAGGUCCCCACUUGAUAUCAGGAAGAGGCAGUUGGGGGAUAUUGCGGCGAUUCUAGGUGGCAGAGGUGGUGCCAAAAGGAAGAGGGAAAACGAGGAAAACGAAAUCUUGAGGGAUGGGCGACCUGAACAAAAACGAUUCAAAGCUAGUAAAGUUGUUGAAGGAGGUGGGGAAACAAGUGCCAACCGAGAGAAACCAAGGGAGAGACGAAGCAGAAAUGCGGAUCGAGACCUAAGUGAUCGGUCAAGAAGUCCAAGGCGACACCACAGGCACAGGAGUGACUCGAGGGAGAGGCGGAUACACCAAGACGACGACCAUAGACCCGAAUCGAAAUCAACCACAAGAGUUCCGAGGCCUAGUAAAGGUAGCUUGGAAGGAGAACUGAAAGAUGCUGGUAGAGAUGAUUCAAGAAGGAAAAGAAGGGUUAGUGAAGACUACUCGGAGGAUGAUGACUACGAAAGAGAUUACAGCAGGCAUAGGAGCAAGCGGAGUACCUCGCAAGAUGGAAGGAACCGGGGCGAGAAAAGAAGGCGACGACACCACUCACGUUCACGAUCACGUUCACCACAUAAAUAUGGACACAAAGAAUCACGCCAUUCAAAAUCUCCUCGUCGGAGGCGUUCAAGAUCACCAGAAGCACGUCGAGAAUCUCAUCGCAAAUCUCGGCAUUCUCCCUCCCCCAAGACGUCCCAAAAGGUAUCUUCUAAAAUCGAAAACCCAUCAAGCCAUCAGAAUGAGGAAGACUAUGAUUCCGAUCCGCUCUCUUCAAUCAUUGGACCUCCUCCUCCUCCAAUCCCACAGGUACGCUCGCGAGGCCGGGGAGAGUUUUCCCAUGGUGCAGGCAUCGAUUCUCGCUUCUCAGCUGACUACGACCCUACUGUUGACGUUCAACUUGACCCAGAUGAGGAAAACGACUGGGAUCAAGCACUGGAAGCACUUCGCGAUAGACAGAAAUGGAAAAAGCAAGGCGCCGAUCGAUUGAAGGCAGCAGGGUUUACAGAUGAAGAAAUAAAAAAAUGGGAGAAGGGAGGCGAGAAGACGGAAGAGGAUGUCAAGUGGGCGAAACGUGGAGAAGGUAGGGAAUGGGACAGAGGAAAGAUUCUUGACAGUAAUGGCGUUGUGAGCAUUGAGCCGGCGUUUGGAAGGUUGAAAGAUGCCUGAUUUUUGCGAACAUUCUUGAUCGCUGGCUGGGUGGGAUCGUAGUACAUCUUGCACCCCAAGACCUACGCCGAACCAAUGUGUUAGAUCAGCUGGGAUUUAUACAGAAUACCGGAAUGCUUAGUAUUUACUGUGCCUCGAAAUGUCAUAGACAGGAAAGAAAGGCGUAUAGUUUCCUAAGAACAACCCUUCUUCAUCACAAACA